AUGGAUGAAAGAACUCGUUGCUUAGAGAAGCUACGUAAAAUGAGUUACAUUCCAAACGACACUAGUCCGGCGCAAUAUCCUAGAAAUUACUCAUAUAAAAACAUCGUCAACACCAUGUUGGAGAAGAACCCGCAACGAGUAAAUGACUCUAAUAAUCGUAGAGUGAGCCUCAAUGCAUCAGACGCAACAAAUCCCGAAUCGAACUCAAGCAUGCAGUCGUCCACGUAUGGAGCAGAAGUGAGCCCGAGCUUUACUCUCAAUCCAGGAGAUGUAAAAAUGAUCCACCAUUUACGCAGGGGUGGUAGACUCGUCAUACAAAAGAAGAAGAAUGGAGAUGUUGCGUAUGCGCUGAGCUGUCCUGAUGGUCGCAAAGUAUUUCUCGAAAAAACGAAGGAAAACGCCGUAUUGUCGCUUACAGACAGCGAUGGACACUCGAUCAAAACACUUGCUUGUGAAUUCUGAUAAAACC